GAGGAGAGCUUUUUGGCUGGCGCUGAGAGGAGGACGCGUGGUGUGGGACAGGAGCUGGUUGCCCCCCUCUGUGCCGGUGCAGCGCUGUGGUCAGUGCGUGCGGCGCCAUGGAUCGGGCCGAGGAUGAGCUGGGGGUCUUCACCAUCAUCCACCAUAAGAGUAAAUCGUCGGGAUGGCCUCCUCCGGCGGGCAGCUGGGCAGGCUUGCAGGGGGCGCAGUAUGGCUGGGAUGUGGCGCGCGACUCCAGGGACUGCUUCAGCAAUCACGUGUCCCAGAGCAACUCUCUGGAGGAGGUGCCUCUGGAUGGAGGGCAGCUGCUGGCCCCAACCCCUCGGAGGGUGGAGAUGAGAAGGGACCCCGUCCUGGGCUUUGGCUUCGUGGCCGGCAGCGAGAAACCUGUGGUGGUCCGCUCCGUCACUCCAGGAGGUCCGUCUGAAGGCAAACUCAUUCCUGGGGAUGAGAUCAUUAUGAUCAACGAGGAGCCAGUGGCCUCUGCUCCCCGGGAGAGAGUCAUCGACCUUGUCAGGAACUGCAAGGAGUUCAUCACACUGACCGUGAUUCAACCCUACCCGUCUCCCAAAUCAGCAUUUAUCAGUGCAGCCAAAAAAGCCAAAUUGAAAUCCAACCCAGUCAAAGUGCGCUUUGCCGAAGAGGUCAUCAUAAACGGCCAGGUUCCGGAUGCAGUGAAGGACAACUCGCUCCUGUUCAUGCCCAACGUUCUGAAGGUUUACCUGGAGAAUGGACAGACCAAGUCCUUUCGCUUCGAUACGAGCACCUCUGUCAAGGAUGUGAUCAUGACGCUGCAGGAGAAGCUGUCCCUCAAAUGCAUCGAGCACUUCUCCCUGACGCUGGAGCAGAGAGGCGAGCAGAGGGCCGAGGCGUCCAACAAGACCCUGCAGCUGCUGCACGAACAGGAGAUGCUCACUCAGGUUACGCAGAGACCUGGGUCACAUAAGAUGAAGUGUUUUUUCAGAAUCAGCUUUGUCCCAAAGGAUCCAGUUGACCUUCUCAGGAGAGACGCAGUAGCUUUUGAAUACCUCUACGUGCAGUGCUGCAAUGAUGUGGUGCUGGAGCGCUUUGGCCCCGAGCUGAAGUACGAUGCAGUGCUGCGCCUCGGUGCCCUGCAGAUGUAUAUCCUCACCAUGAUGACCCGGCAGACUCAGAAGGUCUCUCUCAAAUACAUCCAGAAAGAGUGGGGUCUAUCACUGUUUCUUCCCCCGUCAGUGAUGUCCCACAUGAAGGAAAAAAAUAUCAAGAAAGCUCUCACACACAUCCUGAAGACUAAUCAGAAUCUAGUGCCUCCAGGGAAGAAGAUGACAGUGUUGCAGGCAAAGGUGCACUAUUUGAAGUAUCUCAGUGAGCUGAGAUUGUACGGUGGAAGAAUAUUCAAAUCUUUUCUCCUGCAAGGAGAGAAACAAACAGACGUCAUCUUACUUGUGGGCCCAAGGUAUGGCAUCAGUCAUGUCAUCAAUGUCAAGACCAAUCUAGUGGCUCUUUUAGCGGACUUCAGCCAUGUGAACAGAAUCGAGAUCCUCACCGAGGAUGAGACCAAUGUCCGGGUGGAGCUACAUGUGCUGGACGUGAAGCCCAUCACAUUGCUGAUGGAGUCAAGUGAUGCCAUGAAUCUGGCCUGCAUGACAGCAGGUUACUAUCGGCUGCUAGUGGAUUCCAGACGGUCCAUAUUUAACAUGGCUAAUAGCAACAGCAUGGGGGACAUGGACAGUCAGGAUCGCGGGCUGGAGUGGCCUUACAGCACUUCCUUCGGAGACCUGGAGGACCCCAGUGCUCAGGGCUACACCAGUGGUCAGGGCUACCCCAGCCAACCCUACCCCAGAGACUCGGACUCGGACUACCCAGAGACUACUAUAGAGGAGAAUAAUCACGGCUCUCCCUUCCGAACGGAGGUUUUCCGGCCACCCCCGCCUCCUCCCUUGGAGAGGCCCGCGGGGGGGCGGAGAAGCCCCAUCCCCCCACCACUGCCCCCUCCACGACAGAGGCCCCAAGACUCACCCCGCAACACAAAAGUCUCCUUCAUUUUCGGCGACCCCGCUUUGGACUCGGUGAACCCUCAGAACAUGGGCUACCAGCGGCUCAUGGAUGAGAGCCCCGAAAUGGCCGACGGUGGUCGGUCGGCGUUCCUCCCGGCUGGCGCCGGCGGCCUCCGCGUGCCGGACGGCAUGGCCUUCAAGAACGUGGUGUACAGCAACAUCGGCGAGGGCAAGAUCUUCGCCGGCCCCGAGGAGGGCCCCGAAGAGCCGCUCCUACGCGACCUCUGCUACCCCGAGGCCGCGGACGACGUGGAGGACGAGGACGACGGCAGCUGCGAGGAGGACUCCACCGUCACCGGCGGCGAGGGAGAGGAGAGCGAGGCCGGGGCCCUGUCGCCGCCGCCCCCCGGGAAUCCCACCUUCCUGUCGCUCUCGGGCUCCAGCGACGACAUCAUCGACCUGACGUCACUUCCGCCCCCCGAGGGGGAGGACAACGAGGAGAGCGAUGCGCUGCUAAGGACUCUCAACAUGGCCAUCGCCGCGCCACCUCACGGCUUCAGGGACAGUUCCGAUGAGGAGGGGGCGGAGGGCAAGGGUCAGCCACAGGGCUCCUGUGAGAAUGAUGAUAUGCCAGUGUCUCUGAUCGACGCCGUGCCCACACGCGGAGAGGGCAGCUCAGGCAAGAGGCUGGACCAUGCGGUGGUCACCACCCUACAAGCACUGGAGGCAUUGGCUGUGGCAGAGGAGCCGACACGGCCACCGAGACCCAACAGCAGUGCAGGAAGUGCCAUAUCUCGAACGUUCAGCCCAGCAUCCUCCUCUGAUUCAGGCAAUGAAACCAACUCGUCGGAGAUGACUGAGAGCUCGGAGCAGGCGGCGGCCCACAAGCUCUCCGAGAGCCACAUGCGCCUCCUGGUGGCCACCACCGAGGGCUACCAGCCGCUGCAGGAGGAGCAGACCGAGUUCCCGGUGUCGCCCUGCUCGCGGCCUGCACCCAUCCCCAAGCCCCAUGAGUCCAGCCACCGCCAGGCCGGAGCCAAGUCGUCCGCCCGCCCGCCAAGAGUGCCUUCCCAGCCGACUCUACCUUCGGACGGCAUCGAGAUGGAGCCGGAGACCAUGGAGGACAAAUCCCUGAGCGACUACAUGGCCAGGUCGCGUUCCAACACGCUGCUCAACUCGUGUGGGGGCAAGCGGCCCAGCUCCGGCGCAGGGCCGGGGAAGCAGCACAAGAAGAGCGCCUACGACCCCAACACGGGGAAGUUCAACACCUUCACGGCCCGAGAGAGCCGCAGGAGGGGUCAGUUUGACGUGGAGCGCACCUCGUUCUGCGAGAUGAUCCAGAGACAAGAGCCUCUGCCUGAGGAGGGCCUGCUGGCCAGCCAGAGACACAGUAGGCUAAGUAUCGCCCACCUUGAUCGAGUAGGUUCAAAUGAGGUCAGAGAAGACUGCAAUAGCAGUGGUGGCACUGACCACCAACAGAGCGCUCCGCUGGCCUCGCCGUCCAAAAAGCCUCGCGAGCCCUCUGCCGACGACUGGCUCAGGUCUGACUGGAGGACGAAGCAUGCGGUCCACCAGGCCCCUAAUGAUUCUCUCUGUUUGUCUGCCACCCCCAGUGUAGCGCGCUCCGAGCAGUUCGCGCCCGGAGCGGGAGACCAGCUGCCUGUGCUUUACCCGCGGCAGGUCAAAGCCUGCCCCUCCCCUGCACCGCCCCCUCCACCUUCGCCUCCCCAUCCUCCUCCUCCUCCACCACCACCUCCGCCUCCGCCGCCACAUAACGCCAGGACCCUGAUGGUCAAUUCCAGCGUGCCAAAACAGGAGCUGCCGAAUCCGCUCCGGCAAAACCACGUCCAGGGCCAGGUGCCACUGCUGUACCAGUGCGACUCGUCGUCCAUGAGCAGCCUGCGCCGGAGCCGCGAGCUCAGGAGGAGCACCAGCAACAUCACCGCCGGCUCGGGGAGCGUCGAGACGCUUUUUGACCGGUCCAGAGGCUCCUCGGCCACCCGGUGCUCCCAGGCGCCCGUUCAACCAGUGGACCCCAAACUGCAGCAGCGCCGGCCCACCAAGAAGAGGCUGUCCAAGAGCUACUCGCAGGGCUCCAUGUCCUCGCAGACCACCUGCUGGUCCAGCGGUGGCCGAGACAGCCGCAGGGCGUCCGUGAUGCUUCCGCUGCAGAAGGACAGCAAGCACAUGAAGGGAUCCCAGAAGCUGGACGCCAGUCCCUGGAGGUGCCACGGUCCCUUCAGCUACUGCUUUUUCAAGAGAAAGAGCCAGACGGAGGAGGACGACACGGAUGGAGAUUCCUCCGGAAGGUUCCGGGGCGACCUGGACGAAUCGGGGCCCUCCCAGUACAAUCCCAGCCCUGCCCUGGACACGGCAGGAGAGCAGCUCUACGGGGAGGUCCUGAACAACAUGAGCUUUGGCGACCGGCUGGCCCGCAUUAACGCUCUGAAAGACCGCAUGUACUCCUACCCGGCCGGCUUCGCCGACGUGCGACGCGACUCUAGUGAGGUCAUCGCGCUGGUGCGCUCCAGCGUCGGCCGGGGUGACCGGGGCGUGCCCCCGCUCCAGGCCCAGGAGCUGGCCCAGUACAAGCAGCUGCUGUCCAUCGAGUCCAAAGAGCUGGGCCGCGCGUGUCGGCGCAUGGCCCAGGCCCACGGCAGCCCCGAGGAGAUGCUACUGGCCGUCACCUGCAGCUUCCAGGUGCUCUGCUGCCUGUCCGAGGCCUGCAUGUGCCUGGUGAGGGGCCUCGGGGCCGCAGCCUCGCAGCAACAGCGCGAGGUGGUGGCCAAGGUGGACGAGGUGGUGAUGAACUACAUCUGCCUGCUACGCGCCGCCGAGGCCGCCUCCGGCUGUGCCCCUGGUGACCACAGCGUGAAGGCGCUGGCACGACACUCAAGCACCAUGUCCGCCAUCGCCAACACCCUAACUCGCUCACUGAAGACACUACUUAGCAAAUAGUUGUUCAAAAACCUCCUUUUUGCGAGACUGGACCGUGUAUAAUCCUGACAGGACUGUCUUUGAAGAAUCCACCGAAUAUGAUGAGAUGAGGGGGACUGCACACCUGUACACCUGUACUACGUCUCCAACCCAACCGGGCUGACUUCACGGCAGACUUCACAGCUUCAGCCUGAAUUAUACAUUUUUAACUUGACUAGACAAUUAUGUGUCUUCAUUUUGACUGGACUGCAUGCCAUUAGGCUAGACUGUUUUUAGGGUGACUGGAGUUCACAUUUGUAGCCAGACUGAGCUAUAUCUGUCUUUAGUCCGGACUAUCUGUAACUGCAAAGCCAUACGUGGACCCAAGGGGUGAUAACCCCUUUGAAAUACAUAAAUGUAAACUGCUGUAAUCAUUCUUAUUCUGUGCAUAUUUAUUUUAUAUGUAAAAAUUGUAUAUAGACAUAUAUAUGAAUCUAUAAAUGCUAUAGAAAUUUAAGAAGACUAAAAGGGAAGAUUAUAGUACUAAUCUAUUCUUAAUAUCUUAAGCAAAAUGCUGUAACAUAUUGGCAACUUGCGAGGAAAUUAGGUCAAAUGGCUUUACUGAGGAGCUUCAGUUCCACAGCUCAAUAUUUACUAGUGCUUCUUAAUGCAAUUUUACAGUAAUGUAGUCUUUUUAACAGACAUACAGAUGCUAUGACAUGAAAAUGGCUAAAUUAUUUAAUGCAACAGAUUAUUUAUGAAAUUCCAUAAUAUAACUUGUCAUUGUCUAUUGAUUGUUUAAUGAUUUAAUACUUUUCUAACUAUUGUGUUUUAUCUUUGCUUUUAAGAAAUAUUGGUCAUGUGUCCCCAUCACUUUAUUAAAAACAUUGCUGUGUUUAUGCAAACAUUUCACAGAUCACAUUGCCCACAUUAUAAUUUGAAUGUCUCGCACUUUACCACGGCAAUCUUCUCAGCACUCCAAUAAAAAU